AUGACAAAACAACCCAUUCCCAUCUGGCUAGAUUGUGAUCCAGGUAAUGACGAUGCAUUUGCGAUAUUGUUAUCCUUGUUUGACACUAGGUUCCAGCUUUUGGGUAUUUCUACUGUACAUGGAAAUGCCCCUAUUGAAAUGACUACCCAUAAUACAUUGAGUUUAUUGGAUUUACUACAUGUGUAUAACAAAGUGAAAGUUUACAAAGGAUCAGAAGCACCAUUAAAGACUGCACCAUUAUAUGCUUUGAAUGUUCAUGGUAGUAACGGGAUCGGUGGCGUGGAAUUCCCUGAGAAUACCGUGAAUCAAGUGGUUACAGAAAAGGACUACCUCGAGGCAAUGAAAGAGGCUAUCGAAGCUUAUUCAGGAAAUAUUUGUUUGAUUUGUACUGGUACAUUGACAAAUGUUGCAAAAUUAAUUGCAAAGUAUCCUGAAGUUACCGAAAGCUUGAGAUAUGUUUCAAUCAUGGGCGGAAGUUUUGGGUUUGGAAAUAUUACACCAUAUGCUGAAUUUAAUUUCCGUGCCGAUCCUUAUGCAGCCAAAAUUGUUCUUGACACUUUGAGCAAUAAAAUAAUAUUGGCCCCAUUAAAUCUUACCCAUACGGUCAUUGCUACUAAAGAGGUCAGACAACAAAUUUAUGAUGCAAAUAAUGAGAAACGAAACUCAAAUGUAAGACACGUGUUCUAUUCAAUAAUAAAUUUUUAUUCGAAAGUCUAUGGUACAAAGGGAUUCACAGAAGGUCCUCCUGUCCAUGAUCCCUUGGCUGUUUACAGUUUAUUGCCAUUUGUUGAUAAGACAGAUGAUUAUGGCUACUCGUUUGUGAGAAAGAAAAUUGAUGUUGUUGUGGAUGGGGAACGAGCUGGGGAAUCUGUGGUACUGGAUAAUGAUGAUUCAAGUGAAGGUAUUUUCAUUGGAGAACAAUUUAACAAGAAAAAGUUCUGGGAUAGUUUAUUAUUGUCUCUUCAAAAUGCAGAUUUCUACGUGGCUUCUAAUUUAUAA